AUGGCUGAUUAUACUCUUCUUCAUCUCUUCCCCUUAAUCUGUCUCCUCACAUCUUCAACUGUUGCUCAAAACAAUGGCAACAUAUCAAUAGGCUCAUCUCUCACAGCCACUGACAGAACCACCCCAUGGCUUUCACCUUCCGGUGAUUUUGCAUUUGGGUUUCAACAACUUCAAAAUAACAAAGAUCUCUUCAUGCUUUCCAUAUGGUUUCACAAAUUACCAGAUCAAACAAUAGUUUGGUACCCAUGGAAUGUUGAUCCUUUGCCAAGAGGAACAAAACUAGAGCUCACUUCAGACCGUGGCCUAGUUCUGAGUAAUAGUGAGAACAGCUCUAUAUGGAGUACUAACUCCAUUGCUGAUGAAGUUUCUUAUGGUUUUUUUAACGAUACAGGCAACUUUGUUCUUGCGCGCAGUGAUUCUGUCAAUAUAUGGCAGAGUUUCGAUAAUCCGACUGAUACCCUUUUGCCUACACAGAUCAUGUAG